AUGUCUUCCAAACUGACGACGCCAACCGGGCUUGACCCCUCUGUCCUCAACGACAUCAAUGGCCAUAUAUUUCCCGACAUUCAAGAUUUUUACGAAAGUUUCUUCGCAAAUCGACCGUGGACCUCCAUAGCAGAAGAAUUCGUUCAAAAGCUGCCGCACUUCCAGAAGCAAAUCGACUUCCGUUUGCAAACAAACAUUGUUACCUGGCUGACGGAUCUCCAAGCAUCACUCGCGGAGCGAACAACACUUUACUGCUCGUGGCAUGAGCAUACCACGGAAAGUUCACCCACAUCUGAUCAGAUAUUAGUUCUUGCGGACUCAGCAAGUCUCAAAACUGAGGUCAAAUGGGACGAUCUCGCGGUCUUGGGGCUGUUUUCCCAGGGAAGUCGUUGGGAAGGCAUCCUGCAACUCUGUGCCUACGCAAGAUCAGUGUUCUCUAGCCAGCCAAGUCGCGCGUUCCUUCACAGCUUCCUGGUUAGAGGGGAGGAAGCAGAACUUUGGCAGUCUGAUCGAUCUGGGAUCUAUGGAUCCACACGACUCACAGUGACGGAUACGAAUGAUCAGUACCUCUCAGCCAUCGUCGGAUACAUGUUGAUGGACAGCAGCGAGUGGGGAAUGUCCUCGUUGGUUCAUAGAAAUGAACAAGACGAAUGUGCUAGCUUUUCAUACAAGCAUGGCACAGAAGUUGUGACAAAUACUUACAUUCUAGGUGCUAAGAUCUUCGAGCGGGGAUCCGGACACCUGGUCAGUGAUGGUCUCACCGUCUAUAGAGCAAGGCGGGUUGACAGCCCAGGUUGGAACUAUGCGAUCAAGUUCAAAUGGUCAAAACCUUCCGAACGCCAUGAGUUGACAAUGCUCAACUUGCUCAAGGAGAGAAACGUGUGGGGGGUGAUUCGUCUAGACGCACACCAUGACGGCGUCAACACCGAGAUGCUGCACGACGGUCUCACCCUGAACAACUCCAUAAAUCUACAAGCGGAAGGCGAUGGCUCUUAUGUCGAGAUCAAGGAAUACGUGACAGAGUCCUCCGGCGAAAAUAUCCGGGAUGAACCUAAAACACUCAUUUGUACCGUUGUUACACCUGAAGGCCGGUCACUCCACAAGUACGAAUCGAUUCUGGAGGUCCUGUACGCCCUACGCGAUGCGGCCAAAGCCCAUCGAUCACUCUAUCAGAAAGGCCGAAUCCUACACCGAGACAUCAAUCCCUCUAACAUCAUCAUCCCCUCCUGCGAACCGAACAGAGACGCGGCCGACACUGCCAAAGGCGUACUGAUCGAUUUCGACAUGGCGAAAGAGAUUUCGGAGCCACAACAGCCUCACCAAGCUGUCGGAACUUACAUAUUUCAGGCCAUUGGGGUGUUACAGGCCUAUCUCCCAGACAAUCCACACACCUAUCGCCAUGAUCUUGAGUCAUUCUUCUACACCUUUCUGUUCCUCGCGGUCACCAAGCGCCCCGUUCCGGAAGGAGAAAAUCAGCUACAGCUUCCCACUUCGAGCGUGCUGCGGGAGUGGACCAAAGGGAGACUUUUUGACAAGGCCAAUCGUAAAAUUCAAGAUAUGGAGUCAGCAAAAGAAUUCAGCCGACGGAUCGUCGCGGAGUUCACGCCCGAUUUCCAGGGGCUUGGGGCACUGGCAGAGAAGCUCAGGGCGAUUUUGUUUCCGGUCAAGGAAGACGGCGUGAUUUGGACAAGAACCGACAUGACUGACCAGGGGACAAAUGCUCUGUACGAUGCAGUUAUUGGUGCGUUCGAAGACGCAGCCUUGGAACCUGCGAGACUGUAG